CUCUGUCUGUGAUUGCUGCCUUUGAAGACCUUCACAUCUUCACUGCUGACCUAAUUUGCGCGCAGAGGGCAACAUGGCACAGGGUUCUCCAUGUGCUCCCGUUCUGUGCACCUCUAAAACGCUAUAAAUGUGAGCAGCAGUAGAGACGCCACUUCUUCCACUUUCUUAUCCCCACGGUGCACUUUUUCCACCUUUUCCUCCCUCCACCAGCUCACCUUCAGUUCGUUCAGUUCCUUUUCUCUCACCUGCUGAGUUUCGGGUUUGGCACCGCCGCACCACCAGCGCGCACUUUGGCACAUUGGAUGCACUUCAACAUCGGAAAAGGGGAAAAAAAAAAGUUUGUCUGCUCUGAGUGUUUUUUUUUUUUUUUUAAAAAAAGUUCUCCAACCACCAGAAUGAGUGUCAAAUCCGACUCCGAGCCCAACAACAACGUUGUUGAAGAGGAGGUCCGAACACUCUUUGUAAGUGGCCUGCCAACAGACAUCAAACCUCGUGAACUCUACCUCCUAUUUAGACCAUUUAAGGGUUAUGAAGGUUCUCUGAUCAAGUUAACAUCAAAGCAGCCUGUUGGGUUUGUAACCUUUGACAGUCGGUCUGGUGCUGAAGCAGCAAAAAACGCCUUAAAUGGUGUUCGAUUUGACCCUGAGAACCCGCAGACCCUCCGUUUAGAGUUUGCUAAAGCCAACACGAAGAUGGCAAAGAGUAAGCUGAUGGGCACGCCGAACCCCACAAAUAUCCACCCAGCUCUAGGGGCACACUUCAUAGCACGGGACCCAUAUGACCUGACAGGGGCAGCAUUGAUUCCUGCAUCUCCAGAGGCUUGGUCUCCAUACCCUCUGUACACAGCAGAGCUGAGCCCCGGGCUGCCCCACACUGCCUUCACCUACCCUGCUGCUGCAGCUGCCGCGGCCCUUCACGCACAGAUGCGUUGGUAUCCAGCAACGUCUGAGUCCUCUCAACCUGGAUGGAAAUCAAGGCAGUUCUGUUAAAGAUGAUAUGAAGGAUGGUAUCUACUUCUAAUGGAGUGAAUCUUUUGCAGCCCAUACUUGAUUUAGGCUGGCUCUUUGGGUUGUGGAAACAUCUCUCCAUCUUUCUGCUGAACAGGAGGCUCAGAUGGUACAACCAUACUAGCACUUGCCUUAUUUCUGUUAUGAAAUGUUUUGAAUAAGGAGUUUAUAAUAAGCAAUGAAGGUGUAAGGCUGCUUGCUUUGUUUUUCCAAUUCAGGGUCUGAGCCAAUCAGCUGACUUUUUUUUUUUUUUUUUUUUUUUUUAAGUAUUAUUUUUGGGGUGGGGGUUCAUGAACCAAAUAGGUUUGUGCCCCCUUGUCAUAUGUAUUUCUCCUUGUCUUGGUGUAAUCUAAUGUUUUGUUUGUUACCUUUAGUCCUUUGUGUUGGAUAUGAAAUAGUGGCCAGCUCAGUUUAGAGGGGUUGGGUGUGUGCCCAGACAGCUUGUGCAAGGUGUGACUAUGUGUGAGCUAUUAUUUUAAUGUGCCAUCUUGUCUAAGCUUGUAAACGUUUCCAUAUAAGACAGCUUGACCUUGCCAAAUACAGACAAUCCAAGUAUAAAGUAGUCUAUAUGGGGAGAAAAGUGUGCAAUUAAAUAAGUAAUCUAAGUUAUUUUUUUUUUGUUUAAUAUUUACUGAUUUAAUAUCCUGUAGAACAGUCGUAGAACUGUGUUUUUCCUUUGUUAGAUUUGUCAUGCUGACAGACGUCUAACACUGUGGGUGGCAGAUUUAACUGUUAACAUUAGAUUGCUGUAGAAGGAUGUAUGCUGGAUGAUGGUGCAUGAAGAUAAAAAUGAUGCAUGAAGGGGUUUUAAUGGAUUAUAGUACAUGCGGUCAAUACUGACAUUAGAAAUUUAUUUGUAAAAAAAAAGUCUGUAAAAUUGUAUGAUACAGUAUUAAAACAUGUUAAUGCAUUA